AGCUAUGCGUUAUCCUUCUCUUCCUGUCAAUAUUUUUUACUUUUAAAUCAACCAAUCUUGUGAAAUUGUAUUCAUUUCUAACAUAUUUUGUGAUGGAGGAAGGGAUGGAUACCUUCUCCAUUCCUCCUAUAUACAUAGCCAACAUCCAUAAAGCCAAACAUGGAAGUGAUUCUAGAACUUAUGAUACAAAAGGAAGGUACAUGUCGGUGAACUUUGAGAACAUGUUUAGCAAGUAUGCACUCACUAUACCUGAUAGGCUCACUUUUGGGGAGAUGUGGGCGAUGACUGAAGCAAAUCGAGUAGCAUUGGACUUCUUUGGAUGGUUUGCGGCUAAGGUGGAGUGGAUAAUGUUGUAUGUUCUAGCUCGGGAUAGUGAAGGAAUGUUGUCUAAAGAGGAAGUAAAGUGUUUUGAUGGGAGUUUGUUUGAUUACAUUGCAAAGAUGUGGAUGAGUGAAAGGGAAGAUUUACUAAGAAGAAGAUGA